AUGUCGUCCACCAGCAACGCCUCCAUUGACAAGUUCAACGGAGACAAUUACGCAACGUGGAGUCGGUACAUGCGCGGUGUGUUUUUGACGAAGUCCGUCUGGCACGUCGUCAACCGUGAAGUGACUCCGACUUUCACCGACCCGCGAGCGUCCGAUGACUACGUCAAGGCAAGCAACGUCGCGUUUGGUAUGAUGCUGCUGCACAUGAACGCGGACUACCAUCAUGUGCUGGACAACUGCGAGGAAGCCUGGGUUGCGUGGACAAGUCUGAAGACGCUGUACGGUGGGUCGCAGAAGGCAGGACGCAUCUACCUCAAGCGACAACUUUUCAGUAUCAAGAUGGCUGAGGGCGCGAAUGUCAUGCAUCACUGCAACGAGGUCCUCAACAUCUCCGCCAAGCUUAGCGGCAUCGGUGCGAAGAUGGAAGACGAAGACGUUGCAAUUUGUCUGCUACUCAGUCUUCCGAAGAGCUACGAAAAUGUGGUGCUCAACAUGGAAAUGAGCAGCACCGAGCUUCGCACUCAAGAUGUGGUGAGAGUCCUGACGAAUGAGCAUGCCAAGCGUCAAGGAGAAAAAGGGACAACGACAGCGACUACGGUGAAGGCUGAAGAUGCAAGCAAGGCAUUCAGCGCCGAGCGUGAGCCCUACCAAUGCACGUAUUGUGGCAAGGUGGGACACACGGUGGAUCGUUGCUGGACAAAGCAGAAGAACGAAGGUAAUGGCUACGAUCGAGUGGCGUUUGCAGUCUCGUUCGAAUGUGGAGUUUCGACGAGCAUGGACGUGUCUGGAAUGUGGGCCGUCGACAGUGGUGCAACGCACCACAUUUGCCACGACAAGACCAAGUUCGCAAGUUUGGCAGAGCGCAAUGAGGGCGAACUCUUGGUGGCUGAUGGCAACAAGGUGGCCAUCAAAGGGUGUGGGAACCAUCAUGGAAAAGGUGGUUCUGCCCAACGGUGA